CACCUGGCUCUGGUGCUGCUGGAGUCGCUCCUGGAGGAUAGCCUGAGCUAGUCCGCUCGUCGCGCCGCGCGGUCCGCCAGACGGCUCGUCUGUGGAGAGUGUCCGGAUGAUAUCCAUCGCUGCCAGCCUGGAAGCACCUACCGCUCCGUUGCUGAGCCUCAGGAGGCCGUGACUCGCUCGGACACACAUGGGGAACACAGCCGACAUCUUGGAUUGUAGCAGCCGGCCCGCAGAGUCACUCGUCAUGACAAAAGAGGAGAACGUGCAGGAGCAAGGGAAGGAGGGGCACGACCGUGAGGAGAAGGAGGAGGGGAGGGUCCAAAAGGAUGAGGAGGAGGCCCUGACUGAAGAGGAAGAUGAGGAAGACGAGGAUGAAUAUGAGCUAGAGGAGGAGAGGGCAGAGGUGGAGGAUGAGGAGGAGGCAGAGCAGGAGGAGGAACCGGAGGAGCGAGAGGAGCAGGAAGUGGAGGAGGAGGACCCUCCAGCUGAACCAGUUCCAGAACCGGUCUCUGUGUCCGAGUACCAGAGUCCGGUCCAUGAGCUCCCCCGCAGAGCCAUGGUGCACCCCUCAGCCCAGGCGCCGCUACCGAAGGACUACACGUUCACCUUCUUUGACCCAAAUGAUCCGGCCUGUCUGGAGAUCCUGAUGGAUCCCCAGACUUCCAUCCCAGAGCUGUUCGCCAUCGUCCGUCAGUGGGUUCCUCAGGUGCAACACAAGAUUGACGUCAUUGGAAACGAGAUCCUGAAGCGCGGUUGCCAUGUGAACGACCGCGACGGUUUGACCGACAUGACACUGCUUCACUACAGCUGUAAGGCCGGAGCGCACGGAGUGGGUGACCCGGCGGCAGCGCUGCGACUCACCAGUCAGCUGAUCUCUCUUGGUGCUGACGUGAGUCUGAGGAGUCGGUGGACCAAUAUGAACGCUCUGCACUACGCCGCCUACUUUGAUGUACCAGAACUGAUUCGGGUUCUGCUGAAGGCAGCCAAACCCAGAGUGCUAAACUCCACGUGCAGCGACUUCCACUACGGUACCGCUCUCCACAUCGCGGCGUCCAACCUCUGUCUGAGUGCCGUCAAAUGUCUUCUGGAGCACGGAGCCAAUCCCGCCGUCCGGAACGAGAAGGGCCAGGUUCCAGCUGAGGUGGUCCCUGACCCGAUGGACAUGAGUCUGGACAAGGCAGAGGCCGCCAUGGUGGCCAAAGACCUGAAGCAGCUGCUGCUGGACGCCGUCCCCCUCAGCUGUAACCUCCCAAGAGCCACGCUGCCCAACUACGACAACAUCCCAGGAAACCUGAUGCUGUCCGCUCUGGGGCUGAAGCUGGGAGACCGCGUGGUUCUGGACGACAUGAAGAGCGGCACUCUGAGGUUCUGUGGAACCACGGAGUUUGCGAGCGGUCAGUGGGUUGGAGUGGAGCUGGACGAGCCGGAGGGGAAGAAUGACGGCAGCGUUGGAGGCGUGCGGUACUUCAUCUGCCCUCCGAAGCUAGGUAUUUUUGCUCCCGUUUCAAAGAUUUCUAAACCAGUGGAUCAGACUCCCUCGUCGGUGACCUCCACCCCUAGAACUCCCCGCAUGGAUCUGGCCUCCCGUCUGACUGGGAAGACCAAGAAGGAGAAAGAGAAGAAGGAGAAAGAGAGGGAGAAAGCCCAAAAGAAGAAGUCAUCCGUGGCGAGUCUGGACCCAGAAGGAACGAAUGUGGAGGUUGGGGAUCAGGUUCUGGUGGCUGGUCAGAAACACGGCAUCGUUCGUUUCUACGGAAAGACGGACUUCGCUCCGGGGUUCUGGUUCGGUAUCGAGCUGGAUCAGCCCACCGGAAAGCACGACGGCUCGGUGUUCGGAGUCCGGUACUUCAGCUGCCUGCCCAAAUAUGGAGUGUUUGCUCCACCCUCUCGAGUCCAGAGGAUCGGAGGACCUAAAGAAGGCUCACAGAACGAGGGCUCCAUGAUGAAGAAAGUCCACCAGGUCUCCAUGUCACAACCGAAGCGGAACUUCAACACGCUGCGGUCUCCUAAAGACCUGACCUCUGAGAGCUCCAUAUCCAGGUUGCUGUUCUGCUGCUGGUUCCCCUGGAUGCUUCGCGCUGAGAUGCAGUCCUAACCAUGCCCUGCCCUUCUCCCCGUAUCCCUCCACCCGAUGGAUCUCUCUGCUCUACUUUCUUCUCCACCAUUUACUCUUCUGUCCCUGAAGCUCCUGAGACUUUCCAGCUCCUUGUGGUGAAACCUUGUCUUUCUCCUCCUAAUUUAGCCAUCCUACAGCAACAUCUAUAGUGCCUUGUAUCCGAUUAAACAUCCUGCAGCUCCGCAGAAGAAACCCCUGAAGUCAGUCCCGACACUUUUGGUUUCAUCUGUGCUUCGUGCUUUCUCUGCUGCUGACAGAUUUGGGUCCAACAGAUGACCUUCAGCACCUGAGCAGACAGGCUCAGGUGUCCUGCUGCUCCUGCAGACCCGGUUUCGUGUCGCGGGUGGACCCAGAUCUGGCUGCUGCAUCCUUUCAGAACAUAACUUUGAUUUCUGUGAAUUUAGACAUCACAUUUGUGCGGUCCUUUAGCAUCUGUAGCUGAAACAGGGUUAAUCAUCUGAUGGGCGAGUGACAGACGUCAGCUUCACCAGGAUGUGGGAAACAUGAUUCCUGCCCUGAAAGACAAUAUCCAACUUUAUUUAAACAUCACAGAAAUCAGCUGGAUUCUGUUUUUUCUUCAUAUUUUAUUGCGAAAACCACAGUUUUGGUCCUUUUUGAUGAAAACUUGUAGUUUAGAAUAAAUACAUUACUUGUGUAGCUCACACCAGUUAAACUAGAGGGUUUGUUUUAGCUGCAAUCAGAAUUUGUUGUUAACCAAAACUGCUGACUGAUCCAAAUUUAUAAAAGAACUGGAAUUUUUCAUUAAAGAGCAAGUCACCCCCUACCAGAGUAUUACUCCACUCCCACUUCCUGUUUGAAAAAUGCAACAAAUGCUGUUGCCUAGCAGACCGAGAGGGCGGAGCCGCUAACAAACACACACACACACACAGGUUCACAACAAUAUUGUGACAUCAUAUGGUACCAGCUAACAUUCUAGGGUACCUCUUAGCCAAUAGCAAUGGCAGAUUUAAAUUCAAAUGCAGUGCAGAGUUUUUACCUGACAACGGCACAACACUGACAGUUUUAGGUAGAAAAUUUAAAUUUUUACUAAAAUGCACUAAAAUGCAAAACUAUUGACGCGUGUCGGCAGCACGAUUAGACACGCAUUUAUAUAGUUUAUCAGGAAAGAUAAAGUUGAUUUGGGGGUGACUUGCUCUUUAUAUUCUAAAUAGUUAUACCUAAACUGAUGUCUGAUCAGUUAGAAGGUGAAUAACAAUGAUAACUUGAUAAUUUUUGUUUUGUCGUUUUAAGUUUUUUUUUCACCUCUAAAACCUUCGUCCUCCUCGUCCUUCCCUUCUCUCGCCACAUAUCGGUUUGUGUAAAGCGUCGGCACCGUUUGUGAAUCUGCAAAAUGAAAAAACAAAAGCACGAGUUAACCUUCAUGUGUGCUUAAUGGUCCACCUAAAAACCACUGUAGGUGUUUCACCAAUGAAUUCUUCCACCGCAGCACGAAAACCCAUCUGAACAGUUUAAACCUGCAGCGCUGUCCUGCAGCAGCUCACCGAUGUUUGGAUCCAGUCUUUAGGAUGGAGUUGAAAAAGGAAUCACACUUCCUGAGCUGUUCAGAUUCUGGCUGAGGUCAGAACCGUUUCUUAACUCUGCAGAGGCUCAUAAAAACGAUUUAUUUUAGCUUCACUUACACCCUGAAAUGUCUCCUGAAUGAUCUUCCCGUCGUUUUCUGCAUCAUCGAGUCAUAAAAACAUGCUGCUGCUGCGCAGUCGUGUUGAGUCGGUGAAUUUUCAUAAAUAUGCAGCAGAAUUCAGGAUGAAAAUCUUUAGGUGUGAAUGUUGAAUGAUUUGGGUUUAUCUGGAUCUCAUUUCAUAAUUUAAAAAACUUAAUUCAAACCCUUUUCUUCCCUGAAAAGGUUCUGGAUCAAAUAUCAGCAUCAUUGAUCGAUUCUGAGUGAACACGCAGCUACCUUCAACAUUUAAUGUAUAACAUGAAUUAGAGCUGGUUUUACCACGUUGGUCUAAAGAAAUUAGAUUCCAGCUUCAUUUCAUGACGUGUUUCUGGUUUAAAGGAAGAAACCAGAAGUGGGAUGUGAUAAAAUGCAGACGACUCUCUGUUUUACCUUCCCAGAGUCAGAACACCUGAAGUGAAGCCUCAUGCUGUGGUUUUCUCACCGUUAGCGUGCUGCUAUGGUUACAGCUGUAGUUCCACGCUGCCGUGUGAUGCUAAAGCUUCAGAUCAGCUGACUCCUUCAUAACUGGACUUUAAUGUUUGUGGACCACAGUCAUGCUGGAAGUUCGUCUUCGUACAGUAAACGUUACGGUGCAGUGAGGUGUGGAGUUAUCUCUGGACUGGCCACUAGGUGUCACUAUAACCUCACUUUAGACAAAAUAUGCCUUCAUCCAUCUGAUUGGCUGCUUUUAGGAAACACCCAUGCUGUCUUUACUGGUUUUAGUUCUGUGACUAUUACCAUUCUGUUGGUUCCAGAUAUGUUUCUGUGUUUAGUUCAGGCGUCGGUAACUUACAUAUUUUUCUUUUUCUUCUGGUAAAUGUAAGCAGCUAGUUUAGAGCCACAAAACAAACAUUAGGAUUAAAAUGUUGCUUUAGGUGUCAUUAGUCUUUUAUCUCCGUGUUUAUGCCCAACUUUAGAUUUUAAAACUCAAACAAACAUAAUCACACACCAGAAAAUGGCAUUACUUUUAAGAGGCGUUGCAUAUCUUCAGAAAAAAAGAGAUAAAUUAUUCAUAAAUAGGUUUAAGUGAAGUUUGACAGCCAAAACAUGUAUAGAAAUAAUAAAUGUCUUCUUCAUACAUUCUCCUGCAAUGCCCUGGUCCUGUAGAAUGAGCCCUGGCAUUUUUACUGUGAUUGCCUGUUUUUCUGUAAAAUCACAGAAAAAGAGAGAUGCUCGGGUCGAGCAGGCUGCUUCAUGCGCGUUCACGCUCAGGCAUCGCCCGUAGCAUUUGCUAUCCGUAGCUUUAGCAGCAGAGAGAGAGGCAGUGCCACUUUGUCGCUGUUCCUAACGCCUAGUGACAAAGCUAGCUACAUUUCUGAGGACCCUUAGCUACUUUCUGUAGAACUUUCUUCUAGAUAUUUCCUGCUAAUUAGCAACAAAAUAGCCAUUUUCACUCCGAACCGUUCUUUGGUUUGACGUUGUUUCAGCUGUCAUCAAGGAUAUAAACGUUACAGAUACAUCAAAUGCUACUGGCGCUAUAGCUCACCUAGUAAGAUGGCUGACACUCAUACUGAGGACCCGGCUUCAAUUCUGGAUGUGAACAUAGUUUAUUUAGAGUUUCUUUUUUACAUUAAUGGUAUAUUUUUACAGUAAGAUGCCCAAAUUUUUAUUUGAGACUCGCUGAACAGCAUUGAAUUCACAGAUAAAAAAGAUGUGGGUUCAACUUUCAUUUUGGAACAAUUUUUCAAGCAAGGGAAGGGAAUGAUCUGAGCAUGCAGGAGGACUGACCCAUCAUAAACCUUUGUCGGCUGUGCUGAAGAGAAAGGUACAGAACCACAUUAUUUAAUUAAUUAGCUGCACGUUCUGUCCUCUGUCCUCCGGGCCACACACACACACACACACACACACACACACACACACACACACACACACACACACACACACACACACACACACAAGGGACUGUCUCAGCUGUUAUUUUCGUUAAGGAGUGUGCACGUACAGCAUGCACGCCUCGUGCACGAGCCUACUAUUGAAGCCGCCAUUACGCUUUUGGCCUGAGGGGGCAAUCACGAGCAUAAAAAUUCAAAAGUCCGAAAAGUCCCGUUAAGAAUGUCGUCAAAGUCCAAAACUUUUAUUCACCUAAAGUGUUUCUGGUGUCAGGGUUUUAUUAGAGGCAGAUUUACUUCUUUAUUUCAAAUGUUCUCAUUUAAAAAAACAAUAAUAAUAAUACACUAUUUAUAUGUUGACACCUAAUUUCACCUUGCUGCUAAUUUGUGGAUUUAAAAAAAAAUUACUGCUGGUUUAGGAGUUAAAUCUCACCAGAUGUUAAGAAGUUACUGACACACAGGCUAAGGGCAUCUAGCUCUCCCCCUGGUGGAAACGCAUCACCUGCAGCAGGUCGAGAUCAGCAGCGCCGAUGCUUUAGCAGCAGGAGAAACAUUUUAAAGAGUGAAAAAAAAAACAUUUAACCCAGUUUUUAACGUUAGAAAAGGUCCGAGAAAGCUGGUUCCAUCCAGAUGCUUUUAUAAGGAAAAGAUGAAUUCUGAUGAUGCAUCUGAAAACAUAAUCAUCUGCCUGAAAAUAAGAACAUGAAUAAAAAUCCAAUCAGUGGGAAGGAAGCGUGUUUAGUAGCCAGCAGGCAGAACCACGGGAUUCUGGUUCUGUUCUGGAGUCAUUCCCAUUUAAACCAACUCAUUAUCAUUUCUCUUCAACACGUCUGAAGUCUCAUGGAAAGCCUAUAUUUUGAUAAAUCACUAAGUGUACUUUUUUUAAGUGUGUGUGUGUGUGUGUGUGUCCUGUUUGAAUCGUGCGUUUUAAACCUGACGGAACGCUGAAGCAGAACCAGGAGGAGCUUCCUCUUCCCAACAGAUACCCCUGCAUGCUCUCCGUCUGUAUCCUCCUCUCUCAGUAUUUCUGAUUUGGAUGUGUAUCUUAUUCUCAUCAGCAUGAAAAUGCUCCUGACACUAACAGUGAUGAACUCUAUGAAUAUAAUAAAGAAUUUGAUGUUUUUCCACA